UUAAAAGCGAGUUUUUAGCGGCCGAAACCAGCAAGGACAAGAUUUCAUGCAAGAGGACGAAUAAGAAACGAAAUAAUUUAUUAUUUCCCCCCUUUUUUUUUUGCACGGAGGAACUUUUUUCUUUUAAAUAACUCGCUAUCAAUUCAUACUUGAGGAUUAUUGCUGGAUUUUGUUCACGUAUUGGAUUUUUAUUAUUUUUGCUCUGCUGUUUUUGUUAAGCAGGCAGCCGGCUUCACCAUGAAGUUGACAGGGAUUUUUUUGCUCUUGAUGCUUUGGACCUGCGAGAGUGCGCGGAUCGCAGAGUCGCGAGACGACAAUAGCGUGUUUGACUUGUUUGAGCUCGUCCAGGUCCCCAAGAAGAACCACGGGGUCACCCUGGUGAAAGGAGACGACCCGUACAGCCCCGCCUACAAGAUCCUGAACCCGGACCUGAUCCCCCCUGUCCCCGAGAGCGCCUUAAGGGACCUGAUCGAUUCCAUUCACGCCGAGAGGGGGUUCCUCCUCCUGCUCAACUUCAAGCAGUUCAAACGGACCAGGGGAAGCCUCCUGACCGUGGAGAAGCAAGACGGCUCCGGCCCCGUGUUUGAGAUAGUCUCCAACGGCAAGGCGAACACCUUGGACAUCGUUUUCUCCACCGAGAAUAAGCAGCAGGUGGUUUCCAUUGAGGAUGUGGAUCUGGCUACGGGCCACUGGAAGAAUAUCACGCUGUUCGUGCAGGAGGACCGUGCGCAACUGUUCGCGGGAUGUGAGGAGGUGAACACAGCCGAGCUGGAUGCGCCCAUCCAGAGCAUCCUGACACUGGAGACCCCGGCCAGCGCGCGCCUCAGGAUUGGCAAGGGAGCCGUGAAUGAAAGGUUCAUGGGGGUCCUUCAAAACGUGCGGUUUGUGUUUGGAACCACACUGGAUGCCAUCCUGCGCAACAAAGGAUGCCAAAGCACCAUCACGACGGACACUAUGAUCCUGGAGAACUUGAAUGGCUCCUCAGCCAUCAGAACAGAGUACACUGGACACAAGACUAAAGACCUACAGAUGGUCUGUGGCUUCUCCUGUGAUGACCUGAUCAGCAUGUUCAAGGAGCUGAAGGGCCUCGGUGUGGUGGUCAAGGAGCUGUCCAAUGAACUCCGCAGGCUGACCGACGAGAACAAGCUGAUUAACACCCGCAUCGGCAUUCACAGUGGUGUCUGCAUCCACAACGGCAUCGUGCACAAGAACAGAGACGAGUGGACCAUCGACGACUGCACAGAGUGCACUUGUCAGAACUCUGCAACUGUGUGCCGCAAGAUUUCCUGCCCCCUGAUGCCCUGCUCUAAUGCCACAGUUCCUGAUGGAGAGUGCUGUCCAACCUGCGGAACACUGAGCGACUAUGCAGAGGGCGGCUGGUCGCCUUGGUCUGAAUGGACCCAUUGUUCCGUUUCAUGUGGGCGGGGCAUCCAACAGCGUGGGCGCUCUUGCGACCGUAUCAAUAACAACUGUGAGGGUACCUCUGUGCAGACCCGUGACUGCUACCUCCAGGAGUGUGACAAGCGCUUCAAGCAGGACGGCAACUGGAGCCAUUGGUCCCCCUGGUCAUCCUGCUCCGUCACCUGUGGUGCUGGUGUCAUCACCCGUAUCCGCCUUUGCAACUCCCCCACCCCUCAACUCGGAGGCAAGGACUGUGUGGGAGAGGGCCGUCAAACUGAGAAGUGUCAGAAGUCUCCAUGCCCGAUCAACGGCAACUGGGGACCCUGGUCACCGUGGGAUAGCUGCUCUCUCACCUGUGGAGGUGGUGCCCAGACUCGUAAACGUCUGUGCAAUGACCCUGCAGCAAAGUAUGGUGGAAAAGAAUGUAUCGGUGAUGCCAAAGAGAGCCAGUUGUGCAACAAGAAAGCCUGCCCAGUUGAUGGAUGCCUGUCCAACCCAUGUUUUGCUGGAGCCAAGUGCACCAGUUUCCCUGAUGGCUCCUGGAAGUGUGGAAAGUGCCCAGCUGGUUACAGCGGCAAUGGUAUCAAGUGUAAAGAUGUUGAUGAGUGCAAGGAGGUUCCAGAUGCUUGCUUUGAGUUUAACGGUGUGCACCGGUGUGAGAACACAGAUCCUGGAUACAACUGUCUGCCCUGCCCUCCUCGCUACUCCGGACCUCAGCCGUUUGGGAGAGGUGUGGAGCAGGCUACCGCUAAGAAACAGGUGUGCACACCCCGUAAUCCCUGCCUGGAUGGAAGCCAUGACUGCAACAAAAACGCCCGCUGUAACUACCUUGGACACUUUGCCGAUCCCAUGUACCGCUGCGAGUGCAAGCCUGGCUACGCUGGCAAUGGCCAUAUAUGUGGAGAGGACACCGAUUUGGAUGGGUGGCCCAAUGCUGACUUGGUUUGUGUGGAAAACGCCACGUACCACUGCAAAAAGGACAACUGUCCAAACCUCCCCAACUCUGGGCAGGAAGAUUAUGAUAAGGACGGAAUUGGAGAUGCUUGUGACAGUGAUGAUGACAAUGACGGCAUUCCUGACGACAGGGACAACUGUCCCUUCGUGUACAACCCCAGGCAGUAUGACUAUGAUCGCGAUGAUGUGGGUGAUCGCUGUGACAACUGCCCCUACAAUAGUAACCCGGACCAGACGGACACAGACAACAAUGGAGAGGGAGAUGCCUGUGCUGUUGACAUCGAUGGAGAUGGCAUACUAAAUGAGAAGGACAACUGCCCAUAUGUGUACAAUGUGGAUCAGAGAGAUUCAGAUCUGGACGGAGUGGGUGACAUGUGCGACAAUUGCCCACUAGAACAUAAUCCUGAUCAGGUGGAUUCUGAUGAUGACCGUGUGGGAGACAAGUGUGAUAGCAACCAAGACAUUGAUGAGGACGGACACCAGAACAACCUGGACAACUGCCCUUACAUUCCAAAUGCUAACCAAGCUGACCAUGACAAAGAUGGCAAGGGAGAUGCGUGUGACCAUGAUGAUGACAACGAUGGCAUCCCAGAUGACAAGGACAACUGCAGACUGGCUUUCAACCCUGACCAGCUGGACUCUGAUGGCGAUGGUCGUGGAGAUGCUUGCAAAGAUGACUUCGAUCAAGACAAUGUUCCUGACAUAUACGACGUGUGUCCGGAGAACUUUGACAUUAGCGAGACUGACUUCCGCAAGUUCCAGAUGGUUCCUCUGGACCCCAAAGGCACUUCUCAGAUUGAUCCUAACUGGGUUGUCCGCCACCAGGGCAAAGAGCUGGUGCAGACUGUUAAUUGCGACCCCGGCAUCGCUGUUGGUUACCACGAGUUCAAUUCUGUGGACUUCAGUGGAACUUUCUUCAUCAACACAGAGAGGGACGAUGAUUACGCUGGCUUUGUGUUUGGCUACCAGUCCAGUUCCAGGUUCUAUGUAGUGAUGUGGAAACAGAUUACGCAGACAUACUGGUCAAAUAAACCUACCAAGGCUCAGGGCUACUCUGGCUUGUCCAUCAAAGUGGUUAAUUCCACAACUGGCCCCGGAGAGCACCUAAGGAAUGCCCUCUGGCACACAGGGAAUACCCCAGGACAGGUCCGCACUCUCUGGCAUGACCCUAAGAACGUUGGAUGGAAAGACUUCACCGCAUACAGAUGGCAUCUGAUCCACAGACCGAGAACAGGACUUAUUAGAGUUGUGAUGUAUGAGGGCAAGAAGAUCAUGGCAGACUCUGGUAGCAUCUAUGACAAGACAUAUGCGGGCGGCAGGCUAGGUCUUUUUGUCUUCUCUCAAGAGAUGGUAUACUUCUCAGACCUCAAGUAUGAAUGCAGAGAUGUCUAAAUGCACGGCGCAGGAAGCUCUGAGGAUUGCACCUUUUUUGUAUAAAGUAUGAACUUGUAUUUUCUGAUGCAAAGUCCAGGGACAGAAAUCUCCGCAACUCUUUUCUUUUGCGGUUCGCACACUUGGACGGGGCCAGGGCAUGUGGUCAGCCUUAAGGUAGCUUGAAGCAGGUUCGGACAGAGUACCUGCCUGUAGACUACCUGAGGAUCAGAGAGCCCCUUAGCAUCCUUAGCAUCUUGACAGCAGAGAGAGCUCUGGAAAAUUGUAAAAAAAAAAACAAGCCCUCUACCUUUGCCAAUUGGACAGAAACACCUUUCUAUCCGAAUUCUGCCUGCUUUCUCGCUCUCUGAAAGACCUCAUUUAUCUCUGUGGGGGAAUGCUCCCCAUAGAUGACUAUGCACUUCCAAGACUUUACAUCUCUCUCUGUUUCUGUUUAAGUCUGCCAUCUUUAGCCUUUGUGUCCUUCUACCUUACCUUGUGAAUGGACAUCCCAAAGAAAAAACUGAUGGAUUAUUCCAUUCACUUUAUCAGAUCUGCCAGGAUGUAGAUUCUGAACAAUACAACUUUUGAGUACUCAAAGGAAGAAGACAGCAGUUACAUUUUUCAAGGAAUCUUUGUUGAUGAGGACACGCGACUCCAGAAGCUAUUGGGUGUGGAACAAAGUAGAAAUAAGGGGAACAUACUGUUGUGAAUGUUCGUGUUCAAUGGUGUACUGUAUGUGGAAGACUGGACAUGAAUGGGACCAGAAAGUGCUGUUCCCCUCUACCUAAGAAUCUCUGUAGAAGAUAAGAUUGAAAAAGAACUACAUUUUUUGGGGGGGGUUGGCUCUCUUUUGAACUUACAAGUAUCAUCCGCUUUGUUUAUGUUUUCUUGUUAACUAAACAACUCUCAGGGUAAGAUGGAAGUAAGAGCCUUCAAAUAUCAAUCAAAAACAAAAAAUAUAAGGAUUAUGAUGUGAUAUCCUCAUGGACAAAUUGCACCGGCCAGUGAUCUCUGAGCCAAUAUUCCCUCCAAAAUAACCUCCAUCUUACAUGAAACCCUGGUCAAUGAAGAAAUUGAAAUCCCUCAGUUUAUGAGGAUUUCAAUUUGAAAAAAAAAUAUGUAAAUACAUGUAAUUUAUUGACAUUUGCCUACAAUGUAGGCAGCUAAAUAAAUUUAAAUGCUUUGAUUAUAAGUUUAAGAAAAACAUCCACCCAACAUCACAAUGAAAACUGAACCCAAAAUCAGGUAAAGCUAGGUUUCAGAAACAUUAUGUAUACUCUUGUCAGUGUCGUAUUACCUUUGCUGUACAAAGUGAAUUAGCUAUUCUUAAGAUAGAGCUUUUUUAGCAUGAAGUGUAUGAGACUUGUGUGCCUUUUCUUCAGAGAGAGAUGAAAAACAAAGGAAAUCUUUGAUGUACAAAUAUUACCUCAUUGCUGAUGUACAAUUUGAUCAAACAAAAACUCAACCUAAGUACAUUUUCAUAUUCAUUUGAAAUGAUGGACAUUUUAGUGCUACUGUAGCCUGAGCUGUAAAUAGUCAAGACAUUUCCUAUCUUAAAACACAACAAUCUCCCAAACCUGUGGUCUGCCCUGGUAAGAUUUACAGAACAAUGGGAGAUUUCUUUUUUAUGAAUAAUAUUGCUUUAUCAUAUGUCCAAUGCUGUUUUUAGCAGGUAAAUUAUUCUUCUGUUUUGUUGUAGCUGUUUGAAAGAGUUUGAUUUUUGUAUAGUGUGUGUGUGUGUGUGUGUGUGUUUGUGUGUGUGUGCGUGUGUGUGUGUGUGUGUAUGUGUGUAUGUGUGUGUGUGUAGGAAAAUGCUAUUUAAAUAAUUUAUCAGGAUGUGUUGCCUUGCUAAAGGGCACAUGUCCAUCUGUAUAAACUGUUUGCACACUGACGUGAGGAUGUUCUGUUCUUUAUUGUUUUUACCUUCUUUUUGUUAUUGUGUAUCGAUGUUACUAUUAUUUUUGUACAAUUAGUUUUGCUUUUCUGUAAACUUUUUUCUUAGAUGUAAAAAGAGAAAAUGCUGUUUUUUUUUUCAUAGCGGUUAUUUUGUUACAUACUUCAAGAUAAUAAAUAGUUGUUAAAAUUC